CUAACUGGCAUAUCAUGGACAGGGAGUUGACUGAUAAGGCACUGGUAGGCAGUGAAUGCUGCGCUAAAUGGGAUUACAUGGACUGUGCGCUCGAGUUGACUAACAAGUCGGCCACCAAAUGCUCUGAACGAGAAUCCUUGGAAUUACGGCAAUAUUUCGGGAAUUUGGAGACAUUUCUGGGAAACCACUCGUGCGCGGAGUACACCAAACACAGCCCUAAC